AUGGAUAAUAUUUUAUUUCCAAAUGAUACAGAAGAAUUGAGAAGGAUCAAGGAGGAAUUUUAUGACAUGGCACAGGUACCAAAUGUUGUAGGCGCCAUUGAUGGUACUCUAAUUCCUAUCCAAGGAAUGUCAUCUGAUGAUGAACACGUUUACGUGUGCAGGAAGGGAUUCCAUUCCUUGAACAUCAAAGCUGUAGUAGAUGCUAAAAUGAGAUGCAGUCAUAAGACAGAAGGCAGCCUUCCAUACAAACCCCUGAAGUGUUCAAGAAUUAUAGAGACCUGCUUUAGAUUACAUAACAAGGCAAUAGAGGCUCGUGUGCCAUUGAUACAGGGAGGCGAAGUACGCCAUGUUUACCAAAAUAAUGUCCAUAAUCACCAGCCAAAUAGGGAUGCCCAAGCUUUGAGACAAAGAAUAAUUUCUCGGUUUUAA